CGCGCAGCCCGCGCGGCCGAGGAGACGUGUAGGGCGCGCGUUCGCCCUCCGCCGACCUCUCACCCGAGCGCGUGGUUCUCGUUCCGGGACGAGAUGGCGCCGUGCACGCCGCUCCUGACAGUCCGAGGGUCUGAAGGACUGUACAUGGUGGAGGGGCCUCCGCAGUUUACAGAAAGCACAGUGCUUCCCAGGGAAUAUGGAAAAAAUUGUAAAGUCUACACCUUUAGUAAGGAUGGGACCUUGUUUGCCUGGGGUAAUGGAGAAAAAGUAAAUAUUAUCCAAGUGACUAACAAGGAACUGCUGCACUCCUUCGACCUCCCAAAGGUAGUUUGCCUUGAGUUCUCGCCAAAAAACACGAUCCUGGCAACAUGGCAGCCUUACACUACUUCUAAAGAUGGCACAGCUGCGAUACCCAACCUGCAACUUUAUGACGUGAAAACUGGGACAUGUUUAAAAUCCUUCAUACAGAAAAAAAUGCAAAAUUGGUGCCCGUCCUGGUCAGAUGAUGAAGUUAUCUGUGCCCGAAAUGUUAACAAUGAAGUGCAUUUCUUUGAAAACAACAAUUUUAAUACAAUUGCAAAUAAAUUACACUUGCAAAAAAUUAGUGAUUUUGAUCUGUCACCUGGACCCCCACCUUAUAAGGUGGCAGUCUAUGUCCCAGGAAGUAAAGGUGCACCUUCCUUUGUUAGAUUAUAUCAGUACCCCAGCUUUGCUGGGCCUCAUGCGGCCCUCGCCAACAAGAGCUUCUUUAAAGCUGACAAAGUUACCAUGCUGUGGAAUAAAAAAGCCACUGCUGUGCUAGUGAUCGCCAGUACAGACGUUGACAAGACCGGCGCCUCCUACUACGGAGAGCAGACCCUGCACUACAUUGCUACGGAUGGAGAAAGUGCGGUCGUGCAGCUGCCAAAAAAUGGCCCAAUUUACGACGUAGCUUGGAAUUCUAGUUCCACCGAAUUUUGUGCUGUGUAUGGUUUCAUGCCCGCCAAGGCGACAGUCUUCAACAUGAAGUGUGACCCUGUGUUUGACUUUGGGACUGGGCCUCGCAACGCAGCCUACUACAGCCCUCAUGGGCACAUAUUAGUGCUGGCCGGGUUUGGAAACCUGAGGGGACAGAUGGAGGUGUGGGAUGUGAAAAACUACAAACUCAUUUCUAAACCAGUGGCUUCUGAUUCUACGUAUUUUGCUUGGUGUCCAGAUGGCGAGCAUAUUUUAACUGCCACCUGUGCUCCCAGGUUGCGUGUUAAUAAUGGGUAUAAGAUUUGGCAUUAUACUGGCUCCAUCCUCCAUAAGUAUGAUGUGCCCUCAAAUGGUGAGUUAUGGCAAGUUUCUUGGCAGCCAUUUUUAGAUGGGAUAUUUCCAGCAAAAUCAAUAACUUACCAAGCAGUUCCAAGUGAUGUGCCCAGUGAAGAACCUAAGGCUGCAAGAGCUUAUCGGCCUCCAGCUUUAAGAAAUAAGCCAGUCACCAACUCCAAGCUGCACGAGGAAGAGCCGCCGCAGAAUGCAAAAGCACAUCCAGGAAGGGAUAAGCCCUUGUCCAAAACUGCCCUUAAGAACCAAAGGAAGCACGAAGCCCAGAAAGCAGCCAGGCAGGAAGCAAGAAGUGACAAGAGUCCAGAUUUGCAUACUACUACUGCCCCUCAGAGAAGCACCGCCCCUCAGUCAACCUCUGGUGACCCUGAAGUAGACAAAAGGAUUAAGAGUCUAAAGAAGAAACUGAAGGCCAUAGAGCAGCUGAAAGAACAAGCAGCAUCUGGCAAACAGCUGGAGAAAAACCAGUUGGAGAAAAUUCAAAAAGAGACAGCCCUUCUCCAGGAGCUUGAGAAUCUGGAAUUGGGUGUUUAAAAAUUCCUAGGAAGCAAAUGUACCAGAAAACAGUACAAACAGAUUUGUUAAACUUGCUGCUGUUCAUGGAAUCUCUGUAUGCCCAUAUUUAAUACUAUCUAAUAUUAAGAUCAUUUAUAUAAGAUUCUGCUCAUGUAUAGAGUUAUUUAAUGAUGUCUAUUCAAUUGAAUUUUACAUCUUAACAUCAUACCAAUAUGUGAUGAAAAGAGAUGAACUUUUCAGAUAAGCUUGAUGAAUGGAGAAACAUUUUUUUAAAGUAAAUGAUAGUAUUUGCUAUGUAAAUGAAUAAAAACAUUUUUAAUUGUC